AUGGCGGGGCAAUUCAGGCACGCGCUGCGCGUAUCAUCGCACCUCAGGACCGGCUCGGCUCGGCUGUUCUCGUCACAAGCCUGCCUUCGUCAAGAGAUCCGAGAUGCCUACAUUCUGAGCGCAUCUCGGACACCAACAGCCAAAUUUAAUGGCUCUUUUUUGAGCGUUACCGGUCCACAACUCGGUGCUGUCGCCAUCAAGUCCGCGCUCGAAAAGUCCAAAGUGCCCGUCAGCAAGAUCACCGAUGUUUACAUGGGAAAUGUCCUCCAGGGCUCCGUCGGGCAGGCUCCGGCCCGCCAAGCCUCCGUCUUUGCCGGCCUCCCUCCGUCCGUCGAGGCUGUCACUAUCAACAAGGUGUGCGCCUCCGGGCUGAAGGCCGUUGCUUUUGCGGCGCAGAAUAUCCAAUUAGGUCUCUCCGAAGCCCAGAUUGCUGGCGGGUUCGAGAACAUGUCGAGGGUGCCAUAUUAUAUGCCGCGCGCGAGCGGUUUACCAGGCUUCGGCCAUGUAAAGAUGGAGGACGGGCUCAUCAAGGACGGUCUCACCGAUGUCUACGACCAGAUCCACAUGGGAAACUGCGCCGAGAAUACGGCCAAGAAAUAUGAAAUCUCGCGGGAAACACAAGAUCAGUACGCCAUCCAGUCGUACCAGCGGGCGCAGGCCGCCUGGAAGAACAACGCAUUUGCCGACGAGAUCGCGCCAGUCACGGUCAAGGGGAGGAAGGGGGACACGCUCAUCACCACCGACGAAGGAUACCUCGACGUCAAGCUGGAGAAGGUGCCCAGCCUCAAGCCGGCAUUUGUACGUGACGGCACCGGAACUGUGACGGCGGCCAACUCAUCGACGCUGAACGACGGUGCAAGUGCACUGGUGCUGGGCAGCAGGGCGGUUGCGCAGGAGUAUGGUGCUGGCUCGCGGGUUCUCGCACGCAUCUGCGGUUCAGCCGAUGCCGCUGUAGACCCCAUCGAUUUCCCAAUUGCCCCGGCCAAGGCGGUCCCUAUUGCUCUCGAGCGAGCCGGCAUCACCAAAGACCAGGUCGCUGUUUGGGAGUUCAACGAGGCCUUUGCCGCGGUCAUCAAGGCCAACGAGAAGAUCCUUGGCCUGGAGGGCGCAAGAGUGAACCCACUUGGUGGAGCCAUUUCACUCGGUCACGCCCUCGGCAGCUCGGGGUCGCGUAUCCUCGUGACGCUGCUCCAUCAGCUCAAGCCUGGUGAAUAUGGUGUUGCGGCCAUUUGCAACGGUGGAGGUGCAGCAUCGGCGAUGGUUGUGCAACGAAUCGAGUCUGUGUAA